AUGUCACCUAACUCUUCGUCUAAUCAGUUGCGAAGGUUGGAGAGCAGAAUUGAAAGUCUUUCUGAAGCCCUUUCACGACCGGCGCUACAAGCGUCAAAUCAACCUAGAAGGCCAUUGACAAAAUUUCAGUUGAAUACGUUUGAUACGGCUUCUAAUAUUGUGAAGAAUUCCUCAAAAAGGUCGCCCAGUUCGUUGUCCUCGAGCUAUAUUCCUGUGAAGCUGCCAGCUAAGAAGCGAGUGAAGAAAUCCAAUCAACCUACAACCGAGAGAGUGGGUAAUCUAAAUGAUGUAUUGCUUGAAAAUGCAUCCUCACUAUUCAAGAGGCUUUCUUUAGAAGACUUUGAAAUAGGGAGAACGUUGGGUAAGGGUAAAUUGGGUAAAGUGUAUUGUGUGAGACACAAAGAAUCAGGCUACAUUAGUGCAUUAAAGGUUAUGUCAAAAAAGGAACUUCAUGAGCUAAAAUUGGAAAACAAUUUUCGAAGAGAAAUAGAGAUCCAGGCGAAUUUAGUACAUUGCAAAAUUGCAAGACUUUAUGGGUUUUUUUAUGAUACCAAGAACGUAUACUUAAUAUUAGAAUAUGCCAUUCACGGAGAAUUAUAUCAGCACUUGAAGAAGCAAAGGCGCUUCGAUGACGUAACCGCAUCUCAUUACAUUUAUCAAGUAGCAUUAGCAUUAUCUUAUUUGCAUUCAAAGAACAUAAUUCAUAGGGAUAUAAAACCGGAGAAUAUAUUACUUUCAUUUGAUAAUUCAAUCAAAUUAAGUGACUUUGGCUGGUCUGUUCGACACUCGCCGUCCACAAAAAGGUUGACAAUCUGUGGUACAUUAGACUACUUACCUCCCGAAAUGAUUGAAUCUAGUGAUCAUGACUUCAGUGUGGACAUAUGGUCGCUAGGUGUUUUAUGUUACGAGUUUUUAGUAGGAAAGCCACCUUUUGAAGAAAUCGAUAAAAAUGCAACCUAUAAAAGAAUAGCUAAGGUGGAAUUAAAAAUUCCCAGCUAUGUCGGAUCUGAUGCAGCAGAUCUCAUUUCAAAAUUAUUGCAAAAGAACCCUAAAAGUCGACUUCAGUUAAAGGAUGUUUUUAACCAUCCUUGGAUCGUAAAUAACAGGCCCUUUUGGCCCUGCGAAGAAUAG